AUAGUCGAGUCAACUCGGAAAAAUCUCAGCCCCCCUCUCUCUCUCUCUCCCCUAAUCGCCUUUUUUUUUUUUUUUCUUCUCUCUCUCUACAAAAUCGAUCGAAGGUUGUGUCUCUAUCUCUAUACAUACAGAAUCGAUCGACGGUGGUUGUAUUGUAUCUAUCUCUAAUUCUAACGUAAGAAUGGCGGAGGACAAGUACAACAUGAAGAAUCCAGGGGUGAAGAGGAUUCUACAGGAGGUGAAGGAGAUGCAAUCAAACCCUUCCGAUGAUUUCAUGAGCCUCCCUCUCGAGGAGAAUAUAUUUGAAUGGCAAUUCGCAAUUAGGGGACCCUGUGAUACUGAGUUUGAGGGAGGUAUCUAUCAUGGAAGAAUCCAACUGCCUGCAGAAUAUCCGUUCAAGCCUCCAUCAUUUAUGUUGUUGACGCCAAAUGGUCGCUUUGAAACACAAACGAAGAUAUGUCUAAGCAUAUCCAACCAUCAUCCUGAGCACUGGCAGCCGUCAUGGAGUGUUAGGACUGCUUUAGUAGCUUUAAUCGCGUUCAUGCCCACCAACCCUAAUGGUGCUUUGGGCUCCUUAGACUACAAGAAAGAAGAAAGGCGCACUCUGGCAAUUAAAUCUCGGGAAGCUGCUCCAAGAUUUGGUACUACUGAAAGGCAAAAAGUCAUCGAUGAGAUCCAUGAAUAUAUGCUAAGUAAGGCACCGCCAGUUCCUGAGCUUAAUCCCUCUCAGCCUUCUGAAGAACAUUCUACUGAUGAAGCUAACCAGAGCCCUCAAGAUGCUGGGGAAGGAUCCACAAAUCCAGCUGUGGGUGACAGGAUUGUUGAAGAACCAAAUGAAGGUCCUUUGAAUGUGAAUCUGAGAGCCGAGGGUCCUGCAGUACCUAGACAGGUUCCUGUGGGACCACCCAUAGGCGAGCACCAGUUGCUGCGUCCUAGGGUUCAGAAACCGGCUGAUGAUAGGUUGUUCACGUUGGCCGCUGUUGGGCUUACUGUUGCCAUCAUCGUUCUUCUGUUCAAGAAGUUUAUGAAAGCUAGUGGACAUGGCGCUUAUUUCAUGGACGAAUCGUAGUGGUUGUGGUUUUAUCCGUGUUUUGUUCUGCCUCGGGAUUUGAGAUAAAAUGUUAUAUUUUCUGCCAAACAGAGGAAUUUGUAUCUAUACCAUCUCUGUUGUUAUUACGCUUAUUACCAAUAACAUAAAGACAGGACAAGCUCAUAUUCGUUUGGCAUGGGAUGAAAGAGAUUAUAAGAAGUUUGAAUUAUAUGCGAA